GGCGGGGCAGCGGAAGGCGGCGGCAGCGCGGCGCCAUGGCGGCCAAGCGCAAAGCCGAGGCGCUGAUCCCGGCCGAGGAGAGCGACCAGCUGCUCAUCCGGCCCCUAGGUGCUGGCCAAGAAGUAGGAAGGUCAUGCAUCAUUCUGGAGUUUAAAGGAAGAAAAAUAAUGCUUGAUUGUGGAAUCCAUCCUGGGCUGGAAGGAAUGGAUGCUCUUCCUUACAUUGAUUUGAUAGAUCCAGCUGAGAUUGAUCUCCUCCUCAUUAGUCAUUUCCAUUUAGAUCACUGUGGGGCUUUGCCAUGGUUUUUACAGAAAACAAGUUUUAAGGGAAGGACAUUUAUGACUCAUGCCACAAAAGCUAUUUACAGAUGGCUUCUUUCAGACUAUGUUAAAGUCAGUAACAUCUCAGCGGAUGACAUGCUGUACACAGAAACAGACCUCGAAGAAAGCAUGGACAAGAUUGAGACCAUCAACUUCCAUGAAGUGAAAGAGGUGGCAGGAAUCAAAUUCUGGUGCUACCACGCAGGCCAUGUUCUGGGAGCAGCCAUGUUUAUGAUUGAAAUAGCUGGUGUGAAGCUGUUAUAUACAGGUGAUUUUUCAAGGCAGGAAGACAGACAUCUGAUGGCAGCUGAGAUUCCCAAUAUUAAACCUGAUAUUCUUAUAAUUGAAUCCACUUAUGGCACUCACAUUCACGAGAAGAGGGAGGAGCGGGAGGCGCGAUUCUGCAACACCGUUCACGACAUCGUCAACAGAGGGGGCCGAGGUCUCAUCCCUGUGUUUGCCCUGGGUCGAGCUCAAGAACUGCUUCUAAUCUUAGAUGAAUACUGGCAGAAUCAUCCUGAACUCCAUGAUAUCCCCAUAUACUAUGCCUCCUCUUUGGCAAAGAAGUGUAUGGCAGUUUAUCAGACAUAUGUCAAUGCCAUGAAUGACAAAAUCCGCAAGCAAAUUAACAUCAACAAUCCUUUUGUUUUCAAGCAUAUUAGUAAUCUGAAGAGUAUGGAUCACUUUGAUGACAUUGGCCCCAGUGUUGUGAUGGCUUCCCCAGGUAUGAUGCAGAGUGGCUUAUCCAGGGAGUUGUUUGAGAGCUGGUGCACAGAUAAGAGAAAUGGAGUCAUUAUUGCAGGGUACUGCGUUGAAGGAACUCUUGCUAAGCACAUCAUGUCUGAACCUGAAGAGAUCACAACUAUGUCAGGACAAAAACUCCCACUGAAGAUGUCUGUGGAUUACAUUUCUUUCUCUGCUCACACAGAUUAUCAACAAACUAGUGAAUUUAUCCGGGCCCUGAAACCUCCACAUGUGAUUUUGGUUCAUGGUGAGCAGAAUGAAAUGGCCAGAUUGAAAGCAGCAUUGAUACGGGAGUAUGAGGAUAAUGAUGAAGUCCAUAUAGAAGUUCAUAAUCCUAGGAAUACUGAAGCUGUGACAUUAAACUUCAGAGGAGAAAAACUUGCCAAGGUGAUGGGAUCUUUAGCAGAUAAGAAACCAGAGCAAGGACAGAGAAUUUCUGGAAUCCUUGUUAAAAGAAAUUUUAACUAUCACAUCCUUUCUCCUUGUGACCUCUCCAAUUACACAGACCUGGCAAUGAGCACAGUGACACAGACACAGGCCAUUCCCUACACGGGCCCUUUCAAUCUGCUUUGUUACCAGCUACAGAAACUCACCGGUGAUGUAGAAGAAAUAGAAAUCCAACAAAAACCAGCCCUGAAGGUUUUCAAAAAUAUUACUGUGAUCCAGGAACCAGGCAUGGUAGUCCUUGAGUGGGUGGCAAAUCCUGCUAAUGAUAUGUAUGCAGACACUGUGACAACAGUGAUACUGGAAGUUCAGUCAAAUCCCAAAAUACAGAAAGCUGCAGUAAAUAAGAUUUCCAAAAAAAUAGAUAUGGAUGUGUAUAGGAAAAGAAUGGAGAUCAUGCUUCAGGAUAUGUUCGGAGAGGACUGUGUGAGUUCCAAAGAUGACUCUGUCCUGUGCAUCACAGUGGAUGGAAAGACUGCCAACAUUUCCCUGGACACUCGGACAGUUGACUGUGAGCCAGGAAGCGAAGAUGACGAAUCCCUUCGUGAAAUGGUGGAACUGGCUGCACAGAGGCUUUAUGAUGCCCUCAGCCCAGUAUACUGACCUCUGUAGAUAACCUAGGAUGCCUAAAAAAAAUCUUUUAAAUGUUUAAUAUGUUUGGGCUAUUUUUUAAGAGUAAAUAAAAAUUUUUUCUUCAGUAA